GGAGGGUGCUGAGAAGACAGAAGGUUGUUUUGGUGUGACAUGUGAUGUCUUGUUGUAGAGCAAAUACUGACAUUUAAUUUCGUUUAGUGAUUCAUUUUAUUGAAAUAACGUCUUACUUUUAAAACUGGAAAGAAUCAUUGCAAGGAAAAGACAAGCGCUGCCCCUGCGACACAGACGAAGGCGGUGUGCGAGAGUGAGGCCGAGGCCCAGGCAGCCCCUGGAGAGCAGCGCCAUGAUGGAGGGGGGCGGUAUGCAGCUGCUGAACCGGGACGGCCACAGCAUCUCGCACAACUCCAAGCGCCACUACCACGACUCCUUUGUGUCCAUGAACCGCAUGCGGCAGCGCGGCCUGCUCUGCGACAUCGUGCUGCACGUGGCCAGCAAGGAGAUCAAGGCGCACAAGGUGGUGCUGGCCUCCUGCAGCCCCUACUUCCACGCCAUGUUCACCAGUCUGCAUCUGAGGAGCCUCUCCCACCCCCCUUCCUCUCCCACCAUGCACCUCAGACUAGAAGAGGAUGAGAUGUCUGAGAGCAGGCAGACCCAUGUGACCCUGCAUGACAUCGACCCGCAGGCUCUGGAGCAGCUGGUGCAGUACGCCUACACCGCCGAGAUCGUGGUUGGAGAGGGCAACGUGCAGACGCUGCUGCCGGCGGCCAGUCUGCUGCAGCUGAACGGGGUGCGGGACGCCUGCUGCAAGUUCCUGCUGAGCCAGCUGGACCCCUCCAACUGCCUGGGCAUCCGCGGCUUCGCCGACACGCACUCCUGCAGCGACCUGCUCAAGUCGGCCCACAAGUACGUGCUGCAGCACUUUGUGGAGGUGUCCAAGACCGAGGAGUUCAUGCUGCUGCCCCUCAAACAGGUGCUGGAUUUGAUCUCGAGUGACAACCUGAACGUGCCAUCAGAAGAGGAAGUGUAUCGCGCGGUUCUCAGCUGGGUGAAGCAUGACAUCGACAGCCGACGACAACACGUCCCUCGGCUGAUGAAGUGUGUGCGGCUGCCGCUGCUGACGCGUGACUUCCUGAUGAGCAACGUGGACACGGAGCUGCUGGUGCGCCACCACUCGGAGUGCAAGGACCUGCUGAUCGAGGCCCUCAAGUACCACCUGAUGCCAGAGCAGAGGGGUGUGCUCAGCAACAGUCGCACACGCCCGCGGCGCUGCGAGGGGGCCAGCCCUGUGCUCUUUGCCGUGGGUGGUGGCAGCUUGUUUGCCAUCCAUGGGGACUGCGAGGCGUACGACACGAGGACGGACCGUUGGCACAUGGUGGCAUCCAUGUCCACACGCAGGGCACGGGUCGGGGUGGCGGCCAUUGGGAACAAACUCUACGCUGUGGGAGGGUACGACGGCACCUCAGACUUGGCGACGGUGGAGUCGUAUGACCCGGUGAGCAACGCGUGGCAGCCGGAGGUGUCCAUGGGAACGCGGCGCAGCUGCCUGGGCGUGGCCGUGCUGCACGGGCUGCUGUACGCGGCCGGGGGCUACGACGGGGCCUCGUGCCUCAACAGUGCUGAGCGCUACGACCCCCUGACCAGUACCUGGACCUCCAUCGCUGCCAUGAGUACUCGCCGGAGAUACGUCCGUGUUGCAACACUAGAUGGCAGCCUGUAUGCUGUGGGCGGGUACGACAGCUCAUCUCAUCUGGCUACAGUGGAGAAGUAUGACCCGCAGAGCAACACCUGGACGGCCAUUGGCAACAUGCUGAGUCGCCGCAGCAGCGCUGGAGUGGCCGUGCUGGAGGGCAUGCUCUACGUCGCCGGGGGCAACGACGGCACCAGCUGCCUCAACUCGGUGGAGCGCUACAACCCCAAGACCAACACCUGGGAGGGAGUCGCACCCAUGAACAUUCGCAGGAGUACGCAUGACCUAGUGGCGAUGGACGGCUGGCUCUACGCGGUGGGCGGUAACGACGGCAGCUCGAGCCUGAACAGCAUCGAGAAGUACAACCCGCGCAGCAACAAGUGGGUGGCGGCCUCCUGCAUGUUCACGCGGCGCAGCAGCGUGGGGGUGGCCGUGCUGGAGCUGCUCAACUUCCCGCCGCCCUCCUCGCCCACCCUCUCCGUCUCCUCCACCAGCCUUUGACAACCACUCAAGACCCGCCUGCUGCUGAUCCCCCCCCCUGGACCCGCCGGACCGGGACCCACUGCACCCGGACCCAGAGUCGGACCUGGAGCGAGUCACCACGGCCCCGGACCACCGGGUCACGGACCAGGGCCCAGUCAUGGGAACGGUAUGGGCCACCACCACCACCAGCCCUGCUCGGCCAAGCGCCGCAACUGCUCCGUGUAAGAGAUGUGGGGGUGGGGGGGUUGAGCGUGGGGGGGUUUGGUAGGUUGGGGGUA